AUGAGUAAGCAGUUAUUUCCCUCCAAGGGAGAUGGUCGUCUGACCACUGUGGUUGCAACUCCUGGUUAUGGGCCGGAUCGCCAGGUUGAAGUGCAGUACUCAGAUACCAAGGUGAUAGGUAACGGUUCUUUUGGGGUGGUUUAUCUUGCGAAACUUGCUGAUACCAACGAGUUUGUUGCAAUCAAGAAGGUGUUACAAGACAAAAGGUUUAAAAAUCGGGAGUUGCAAAUAAUGCGCAAGUUGGAACAUCAGAAUAUCGUUAAAUUGAAGUACUUUUUCUAUUCUAGUGGAGAGAAGAAAGAUGAUUUGUUUUUAAAUCUCAUACUGGAAUAUAUACCUGAAACCGUUUAUCGUGUGGCACGGCAUUAUUCAAAACAGCGACAGAUAAUACCAGCACUUUAUAUAAAGCUAUAUAUGUACCAGCUAUUCCGAGCACUGGCAUACAUACACAAUUUGGGAGUAUGUCAUCGAGAUAUUAAGCCCCAGAAUUUACUACUGGAUCCUGACUCAGCUGUGCUCAAACUUUGUGACUUUGGUUCUGCAAAACACCUAGUUAGAGGAGAACCAAACGUCUCUUAUAUUUGUUCACGCUAUUAUCGGGCUCCUGAAUUGAUUUUUGGUGCGACGGACUAUACAACAACCAUUGACGUUUGGUCAGCAGGGACAGUGCUUGCUGAGCUUUUGUUAGGACAGCCAAUUUUUCCGGGAGAUUCUGGGGUUGAUCAACUUGUGGAAAUCAUAAAAGUGUUAGGCACACCAACUCGUGAUCAAAUACAACAAAUGAAUCCUAAUUAUACGGACUUCAGAUUUCCGCAAAUUAGAGCUAAUCCAUGGCAGCGCGUGUUUCGUCCACGUACACCUCCUGAUGCAGUGGAUCUCGUAUCGCGUCUUUUGGAGUACACGCCGAACGCCCGACUGACACCGCUCCAAGCAUGUGCUCAUACAUUUUUCGAUGAGUUACGCCAUCCCGACUGCAAACUUCCAAAUGGCAGAACAGUUCCGCCAAUUUUUGACUUCUCUGAACAAGAGUUACGCAUUGAACCAAAUCUCAAUACUGCUCUUCUACCUCAAAAUUCUGCACGAGGAACUGCAGCAGCAGCAGCAGUCAGUUCAUCGUCAUCACCAGCAGAAGGGGCAGCGGCUCCAGGUAGUUCAUCCUCAGCUGUUAAUACUGAACCAACUUCAACUGAUGCGUGA